UGACUGAGAAAUGAGCUCCUUCCACUUGAUGCUGAAAGGAGGUAAACUUGAACUGCAAGAGUGAUGAUCAGCUCAUUGGGAACAUACAGGAAAACCACAUUCAAGGCAACUAAAUAAGGACUAUGCAAAAGAUGACAUCUACAUUUUUGCUCAUUGGUCAUCUCAUUCCACUGAUACCUCUGUUCAGUGCUGAAGAAUGCGUUAUUUGUGAUUACUUUGUGCUUGUUGGAGAGCCUACAGCUAUUAGUUGCCCAAUAAUUACAUUACCAGUGCUUCACUCUGAUUACAAUCUGACGUGGUAUAAAAAUGGUACCGCUACACCAGUAACCACAGAGCGAGAUGCCAGGAUCCAUCAGCGAGAGGGCUUGCUUUGGUUUAUUCCUGCAGCACUGGAAGAUUCUGGACUUUAUGAAUGUGGUGUAAGGAGCCUUAACCACUCUAACCAAAAAACUAUAAACUUAACAGUUUUUAAGAAUGAUAAUGGUUUGUGUUUUAAUGAAAAAAUGAAAUUUGAACAAAAAGUGAUGAGCAAAAAUACUGGAAAGAUUAUAUGCCCUGAUCUAGAACACUUUAAAGAUGAAGACAAUAAUCAACCUGAAGUACACUGGUAUAAGGAGUGUAAGUCUGGAUUUCUUCAAGACAAGCGACUUCUUUUGGCAGAGGGUGAAAAUGCUGUAUUGAUUUACAACGUAACUGUACAAGACAGAGGAAACUACACGUGCCGUAUGAUAUACACAUAUAUGGGAAAACAAUAUAAUAUUUCACGAACCAUGAGCCUAGAGGUUAAAGAAAGACCACUGCAGAUAAGACCAGAGUUUAUUUAUCCGAAGAACAAUACAAUUGAAGUAGAACUGGGCUCUCAUGUAGUUAUGGAAUGUAAUAUAUCGAGUGGCAUAAAUGGCUUGAUUCCAUUCUGGCAAGUUAAUGAUGAGGAUGUUGAUAGCUUUGAUAUCACCUACAGGGAGCAAUUUUAUGAAGAGGAGAUGCCUCAUGGACUUGCUGUAUCUGGAACAAAAUUUAACAUUUCAAAAGUGAAAGUAAAGGAUUAUGCUCAUAAAUUUUUCUGUCAUUUCAUAUAUGCUUCUCAACAAUUUACAGCCUACAUCAAAUUGGAACGCCCAGCUCAGAACAUUCAGGGUUACCUAAUUGGAGGAGGAAUUUCUUUGGUAUUUUUAGUAUUUUUUACUGUCAUUAUCUACAAGAUCUUCAAAAUUGAUAUUGUGCUUUGGUAUCGGGACUCCUGCCGUCCUUUCCUGGGUAAAAAAG